CACUGGCUGCUGCUUCACAACAGUACUGUAGCACGACUAGUGCCACCACCACGUGCACACACCUCACCUCUCUCAAACUUUCUACAACAGUAAGGUGCCUCAAAAAGCAAGUAACACAUUCAUCAUAAUCUGUUCAAUAGCUGUCUUGCCAGAAAUGCAGACAUCACAAUUCAUAUGACCCUCCCAACUGCCGACUCCCCAUCCCUCCUUCAGAGUACAGGCACUAUACUUUCCACUUACAGGACUCAGACAGAAAAUGUGAGGAGCAAGACAGUGCUUGAAGGUACACAUGAAGCCGAGUCAUCUGCCACUGUCAGGGAGGAAAUGGUGAUAAGUGUGUUACGUACAUACUACUCCCUUAAGUGACGCAACACCUUUCUGAAAUCCCGUACAUACAGGAAAAGCGUCAUGCUCUGAAGGUACAAUACAUAAACAAGUGCUCUUGUUAUUUACUUUUAUAGUAGAGACAGACUGAGCAACUGUUGUGCUUACUUCAACUGCUACUAGGCAACUUCUCAGUGGAUUAUCAACAACAUAAAUUACUGUGGUCUCAAGAGGUCACAGAGGAAAUACAGCAGCAUUACACAAAUAUCUAAACAAUGAGAGGCUUGUGUAUACCUGCAUCUACUAUCUUCAUAGUUAUCCUCUAUACUGCAAGAACAAGAACAAUGACUACUGAUGAUUCAACACGCAUAUUAAACUGGGCACCACUUCGCCUCAAGUCCCCGUACUUAACAUUCAUGAAUAAAUUCUACAAUCCAUCAUGGCGAACAAGACAUCCCAUCACAAAGGAAGAAGAAGCCCUUCGAUACCUGCAGCUACCACGGGGUGUCCCAUUUUCCACUGUGUGCGGUGCAUGCUUUGCAAGAUCACACAUUUCAGCCAAUCUUACUGUGAGUGUGACUGGCCAUGAGUACCGCAGUGUUCCAAAAACUUACAACAACAACAGAAAAACAAAGUAUCAUGUGGGCUACCUUGAGUGCUUGAUGACAUAUAUGAUUACAGCCCCGAUUGAAAAAGAUGGUACAAUAACAUGCACUUUAAACCGUGGAAAACAAACUAUAAUCGAGACUAUAUCAUUUGCUGUGGUUGAUGCAAGUGUUGACGAAGCUCCAAAGGAGCUAGAAAUUCAGGAUCCACAGAAAGAAAUUUCAUUAAGUUGCCCUUUGCCUCAUGAGAUGCCAUCAUCCAGGAACCCUCUAGUUCAUGUGUGGCAUGAGGAUAGUGAAGUUUUUCCAUCAGUAAGUUCCCUUACUCCAGAAAUGAGACCAACCAUGUCAAUAAGGCGCUCAAAGAAUACAAGGAACAUUAUCUGUUCAGUUUAUAAUAUUGGUAAACUAAGUAAAGUAUAUCAAACACGUUAUCAAGUUAUAGGAAGUCAUUCCAGGGCUAAACAAGAAUACCACAUCUCGUAUGACCCGAACCAAGGGGAUGUAGAGGAAUUUACACCAACGAGAAAGUUGUCCAACUCAGUAGUGGGAAUAAUCACAGCUGCAGCUGUACUAUGUACACUUCUCACAGUCUUAGCAAUCUGCCGCUUUGUUACAGCUGCCAGGAGAAAGUAACCUAGUGAUAUAUACUACCCAGAGCUCCAUAAAUUUUAAAUGAUUAUAAAUCUCGGUGCAUAUAAAGAUUUCACUGUUUAUCACUUUUAUACUAUACUAUAUCCUACACUCACUGAAUAAAAGAUAAAUGCAUCUCCUUUCAAAUGCCCUACACCAGUGGAAAAAGUCACACACGGCAAAAACUACAGAGUAGAGAGCACACAAUGUGUGCACUGUCAGUUAUAUUCAUUACACAGUUUAUGUCCGUCUGGUUAAUCUUGACUGAGUACAAAUUAUGUGACUGCAAGUGUGUUCCAAUUGUGGUACAUAUUUAUUUGACUACAAUAUACAAAUACUUAUAUUUUUCUCAAAAUGAUUAAGACAAGUGUGCAUCAAGCACAUGCUUGGCUGUGUUUGCAACACAAUUAAAGAUGUUAUCAAUACUG